CGAGACCCCCCACACAUCGCGCGUGGCUUCUGUAGGAAGUGGGAGCUUCUUUCGCCCAUCUUACGCGUUUUCCGUUGGGAAAAUGGGCACCGGCUGUCAUUUCGUUGAUAAGUGUUGAUAAAAAAAUCGUUAGAAAGAGAAACAAAAUAUUAAUUUUGAAUCGAGCCGUAAUGAAAUUAUAUAACGCGAUAAUCGUUUAGUAGAUUGACGCCAGUAGUGUCUAUGCAUUGCACUAAGAACGAUGCCUUUACAGUGCCAUGAAAAUCUAUGUUGCCUCACUGUUUACAGUUUUUAUUUUUCGUGAAAUGCAAAGGAAGUAGCGCAUUUUACGUGAAAAUACGCAAUUCUUAUAUAUUUAUUUGUCUUGGGGUGGGGGGUGAAGUUCGUGACUGCAGCUGACAGUUUUCCCGUCACGUCGCACAUAUCGAGGACUCCAAUCUUUGGUCCUACACAUCGCCACUCGUAUUGAAGCUUGCUGGAUUCUUACGGGCAAGAUACAACAGAAUGGGUUCCAGUCAACAAUUUUCUCUUAGAUGGAAUAAUUAUUUAAAACAUAUUACAUGUGCUUUUGAUACGUUAAGGACGGAUGAAGAUCUCGUUGAUGUUACAUUAAGCUGUGAAGGCAAGCGGAUCAGAGCACACAAAAUGCUCUUAUCAGCAUGUAGCACAUAUUUCAGAGAUCUUUUUAAGGAAAACCCAUGUCAACAUCCAGUUAUAAUAUUCCGUAAUGUAAAAUUUGAUGACUUAGCAGCCUUGGUUGAUUUUAUGUAUCAAGGUGAAGUUAACGUCGUUCAAGAACAACUUGCUAGCUUCUUGACAACAGCAGAGUUGUUGGCAGUUCAAGGCCUCACUGAUGGUACAGGAAAGGAUAACGAUGGUUUAGUUGAGGAUGAUUUAGAAAUUCCCAAUGAACCAGAAAUACAAUUACAGAAUUCUUCUAUAAAAUCUACAAUUGAUGCUAAAAGAAGUAAGUCACCUUCUUCACCCAUGCCAUAUCAUGCAGUUGAGCUGCAAACUGAAACUCCACCUACAAAAAGACGAAAAUGUCGUGAUAACACGAAUACGAAUGCGGAUAAAACAGUCAGCAAUGCAUUAUCUGGAAAAGACUCAGAAAAUAAGAUAUCAGAUAAUCAAACAAUACCUGGUUCAGAUCCUGUUGAAAUAAUUCCUUUGAUGCCAAAUCUAAAGCUAGAAAUGCCUGAAUAUUUGGAACAAGAUGGUAGUAGUUGCAGUUAUGAAGAACAAAGUAUAGGAGAUAGUUCAUUGAACAAAAUUGGAAUAGAAGAUACACCAUCUAACACACCUGAUCAUGAUCAGAAACCAGACAUUACUCAAACUUUUUAUACGAGUAGUCAAUCUGUUUCUGAUAGUUUGGAUAGUAAACAUCAGUCAGCAGAUGUUGGACAUCUAUUGUCAAAACCCAGUACUUCCGGAGAAAGGCUAGCACAGGAAGCAGUACAGGGGGGGGUGGGACGCAAUUGGAAGCAUGUUGGCGAUACAACUGGUCAAGUGGUAGUGCAGGGUCCAGGACGUUUUUCCUGCAGACUCUGCGGAAGCGUUUACAAGCACCUUGCUUCGCUGACCCAGCACCUUGAAGUGCAUCGCAACCAGACGACCUGCAUCCUAUGUCACACCACUCUCAGUCGUAGAACCGACCUGCGACGUCAUAUGCGUCUGAAACAUAACAUGCAAUGGCAAAAAACGAUGCAGAGGCAACGCAAUCCGAGAAAAAAAUUGGACUCGUAAUUUAAACGAUCGUCUAUUGGUUUUUUUUAUCGGCGCGACAACUAUUUUUCUCUCUCCUCUCUUCUCUCUCUCUCCUCUCCCCUUCUAUCUCUCCCUUUCUCUCUCUCCCCUUCUUUCUUUCUCUCUCUCUCUCUCUCUCUCUCUCUCUCUCUCUCUCUUUCUCUUUCUUUUUCUCUUUUUCUCUAUCUAUAACACAAUAAAACAAUCGAGUCAACAUUUGAUUCAUUUCUCGACGCGUCGAAAAAGGAAUUUUUUUCCUUGUCCUGCAAUAUUGUUUCUUUUCUUUAUAUUUUAUGUAUAUUUACUUCCCUCUCACCAUCCAUCAUUCUCGUAAUAUCUCUCGAUAAUUUUUUUUUAAUAUUUAUUGAUCGAUCAGUAAGAAAAUUCGACUUCGAGGGAGCGAAAUUCAAAAUUAUAACGAAUAAUAAUGUGUAAUAAUUCUUUUGCUUAUUUAUUUUUCUCUUUCUUUUAUUUAUUUAUUUUUUUUUCUUCUUUUCUUUUCAUUGUAUUCUAUUGAAAUUGAUGAAAAGGAUGAUUUUGAAACAUCCGUUUGAAUACACGUUCUAAAGUGGAGAUAAGAUAUACGAAAGGAUGGUUACAUUUGAAUAUCGAAAAUGAGUAGACAUAAUAUAUUAAGGAUAAUUGAUGAUCAUUUACAAGUUGUCCUUUAUCUUAAUCGUGAAAGCUAAUAUCUAUUGAAAAAAGGAAAAAAAAGAUGAUAAUAAUAAUAAUAAUUAUGCAAAUGCGCAACAUGCUCGUUUUCAUUUUCUAGUCGCCGAUGACUGAGUUUAGAGAAUAAUUCUAAUUAAUAUUUGUGAUCUCUCCGUUUAGAUUUUGCGUUAGUUUAUUUAUUUAUAUAUUAAUAUAAAUAUUUUUUAGAGUUCCUUUUCAUGUCAUCAGCCUCAUACUCUCUCUCUCUCUCUCUCUUUUUCUCUCUUUCUCUCUUUCUCUCUUUCUCUUUCUCUUUCUCUUUCUCUUUCUCUUUCUCUUUCUCUUUCUCUUUCUCUUUCUCUUUCUCUCUGUAUAACAAAUCAUAUGCAAAUUUUUAUUUCGAUUUUGUAUUACUAUUCUGAGAUACAAACUUGAAAAAAAAGUUUAUAAAACUGAAAGAAAAAGAAAAAAUGUGCAAAAAAGACAAAACUUUGCUCUUAUAAUCAGCCAUAUCUCUUUCCAGCGAUUACUUGCAAUCAUAAAUCGAUUUUGUAUCAUCCCUCAUAAAACAUCAUCUCUUUUAAAUCGGAAAUCUUAAGUUGACAUCCCGUAAUAAAAAAGAAAGAAAGAAAGAAAAAAAAAAAGAACGAAGAAUAAAAGAAAAAAAAUCGAUCGGAUCUUCAUUGAAAAAGUCGAACGAACAAAAAUUGAAAAAAAGAUCAACUUCGUACCUUUUCGUAAGAAUUAUGUUCAAGUUUUUUUACGUACGUACACAUACGAACACAUUAUACAUAGAUAUCAAGAAACUCGAAAGAAAUGAAGAAAGAAGUUAAAAAUAAAUAACCAACAAAAAAACCAAAAACCAACAAAAAAAAAGAAAAAUGGAUAUAAAAAGGUUUUCUUUGUGAUCGACGAUGGUUUUAGCUGCUUCGAAAUCACCGUAUAGACAGUGCCUUACACGCGGCUAUCUAGUUUCCAUGUUUAAUGCAUUAUCUUUUCAGAUAUUUACCAUAGUUGAACGACACAAUGUAAAGAUUAUAAAUUAUCUAUAGUAAUGACCUGUUGAUUUUGUUACCGGCUUGCCAUGAUGAUUAACCCCCUUGCAGAAAAAAAAGAAAAAAAGAAGAAGAGAAAAACCAAAACAAAUAUUAAGUGACACAGAGAGCUAUAGUAUUUCUCUCACCUUCGACGAGUUCGACGCUAAGAAAGAAAUAAUGAAAAUUUCAAUAAUUUCAUAAAUUCGAUCGAAAUCGAGAAAGAUAUGUGUAUGGAUUACGCGAUGUUACAUAUGUUCGAAGAAAAUUAUUUACCGACAAAGAAAAAAGAAACGCGAACGUUGAAGAACGCUAACUGAGACAAAGGUCUUGUAAAAUAUUUACACAAAAUUAGCCAUUUAUAAUAAUAAAUGUAAAAAUAUCGUUCCAUUUAUGGAGACACAUGCUUGAUCGUAACGUUGUGCAUACGUAUAAGUCGUUAAUAAUAUAUGAUAUAUAUGUGUUUGCGUGUGUAUAUAUAUAUAUAUAUAUAUAUAUAUAUAUACCCACACAAUAUAAGUGAUUGUAUUCAAUUAUAAGUAGCUUGAGUAACGUUAAAAGAAAACUAUCGUAACUCGUUGUAACCAAUCAAAUAUGGGACGAGAAAUUUAUGAUUGGCGUAAGUUUAUCCGAUUUUUUGUAAAUUUAUUUAUAACAGUAUUAUUAUUAUUUUUUUUUUCUUUUUUUUUUCUUUUUCUUAAGAACGUUACGUUAUGGUAUAGUAAAAAUGAGACCUCCCUCACUUUGAUAAAAUACAACGCUAAUCAAAUCUAAAAUUAAUUUGAUUCAAAUUUUGAUCACGGAUUUUUUCAUUUUUGUUUUGUUUGUUUUUUAUUAUAAUUUUUAUGAAUAAUAUUUUUAUUAAAAUAACAUUUAUUGAUUAUUCCGUCGAUUUUGAUCGUAACGGUAUUUAGAAUGAUUAUGAUAAUUACUAUAAACGCUGCGUACGCACCUAUGCAAAUUUGCAUAGUAAGUGUUGCUUAUACAUUGAAUAUUCGUAUUUAUUAUUAUAUAAGUGAUCAUUCAGAAAAAAUUCUUAAGUAACGUACUCGUGUGCACGUAAAAAAAGAAAAAAAGAAAAAAAAAGAUAAAAAUGCAAUGGCGAGAAAAUGUAAUGUUUGCUCUUAAGUCGUUAAUUUAAUUUAUCGAUCUAAAAAAAAAUUAAUGAUUUACUCGGUCGGUAAUUCGUUAGAUGAAAAACUAAAAUAUUGAAAUACAAAAAUUUUGUGAAUUAAUCAUUGAAGAUAAUUGACAUGAUUUUUAUUCGAUAAAAGUACAUAAUAUAACAAGGGAACAUGUUUGAUCGUAAUAACAUGACGAAAAAGAAAACAUUUAAAAACAGAUUUAAUUGUAAGAAAAAAUCGUAUAACAUAGACGUAAAUGAGUGUAUACGUGAUAACGAGAUUCUUCAAAAUAACACGUAAAUCGUUUUUAUUUCCUAAGAAUUUGUUCAGAAAAACAAAACAUGAAAGACACUGCAUGGUCGGUAAAGAAGAAAUUUUCAAAAUUUUUAAAAUACGAUUUAGAUUUUAAACCGGCUAAGGAGCAUCCAUCGUAAUAAGUACGUUCGGCUUAAAACUGAUUUGCACAAGAAGUACGUAGUAACAUAUAUAAAUAAACAAUCGCAAUGCGAAAAACUAAUGCGUAUUUAUUUAUUUCUAAGUUUAAUAAUGAUGUAAACGAGAAAAAAAGAAACGAAAAACAAAAACAAAAAAAAAUGAAAAAGCACCGAUUAAACGUGCAUAGAUUCACAAUGAUCAUAGACGGAGCUAUUCUGUAGAUACAAUGACGUUGAACGUUCGCGUUAUAAAGAACGAAUAUUUUUCGUUCUCGUUAAAUACGUAUGUAUUUUAUUAUAGAUCUUAUAUCUGCGAGUUUGUAACGUAAUCAAAGGCAAUGUAAGACUAUGCUUAAAGAUGUUAUCGCUGUAAUGUAAAUAAAAUGAUUUGUGAUGUA